AUGAGCAACGACAAGGAUAACUUCAACAUGGCUGAUCUCAGCGCCGCUCUUAACGACGAGGAUCGAGCUGGCCUUGUUAAUGCUCUCAAGAAUAAGCUACAGAGUUUGACUGGACAGCACUCUGAAUUGCUCGAGAACCUAUCUCCGACUGUGAGGAAGCGUGUUGAGGAUCUCAGAGAGAUCCAGAGUCAACAUGAUGAAUUAGAGGCAAAAUUCUUUGAGGAGAGAGCAGCUCUUGAAGCGAAAUAUCAGAAAUUGUACCAACCAUUGUACACUAAGCGAUAUGAUAUUGUAAAUGGUGUUGCUGAAGUUGAAGCUACCAGUCAAGUGGCAAUGGACCAAGAGGGGGAAAAGGCGGCAGAAGAGAAAGGUGUUCCUGAUUUUUGGCUUGUCGCAAUGAAGAACAAUGAAGUGCUAGCCGAGGAGAUUACUGAGCGUGAUGAAGGAGCUCUCAAGUACCUUAAAGAUAUCAAGUGGUGUAGGAUAGAGGAUCCCAAGGGAUUUAAGCUUGAGUUCUUCUUUGACACCAACCCUUAUUUCAAGAACUCUGUUUUGACGAAGACAUAUCACAUGAUUGAUGAAGAUGAGCCCAUUCUUGAGAAAGCAAUAGGAACUGAGAUUGAAUGGUAUCCAGGAAAAUGCUUGACCCAGAAGCUUCUUAAAAAGAAGCCCAAGAAAGGAUCGAAAAAUGCCAAGCCAAUUACCAAAACUGAAGAUUGUGAAAGUUUUUUCAACUUCUUCAGUCCACCACAAGUUCCUGAGGAUGAUGAAGACAUCGAUGAAGAUACUGCUGAGGAACUGCAAAAUCAGAUGGAGCAAGAUUAUGACAUUGGGUCAACCAUUCGAGACAAGAUCAUCCCCCAUGCUGUGUCUUGGUUUACUGGGGAGGCUGUUCAGGGGGAUGAACUUGGACAAGAUGAUGACGAUGAUGAGGAUGAUGAUGACAUCGACGAGGAUGAUGAUGAGGAUGAGGAAGAUGAAGAGGAUGAGGAAGAAGAUGAGGACGAGGACGAGGAGGAUGAAGGCAAGACCAAAAAGAAGAAAAGUGGAAGAACACAAGUUGGGGAUGGUCAGCAGGGUGAGCGGCCUCCAGAAUGCAAGCAGCAAGUUCUCUUUUACCCUGUUGGUUUGGAGGGAAUGUGGUCAAAUAGUGGUUUGCCUGGUCGAGUUGCUGCCUGCACCGUUGAUGCGGGUACUGAGAUGAGUCUGCUUACGCAGUUAAGCUUUUGGAGGUGA